AUGUCGACAGAUUGUUCUACUGAUAUUUCAAACACUGCGUGUGUCACCACAGAUAUGUCAAUACAAGAUCUGAAGGAUUCCGAAAAGCUUGGAAUGUCAAUUGCAGAAUCUAGUGAAACCUGUAUCGUCAGUGAUAUAUCUGAUCAUGAUAUAAAUAGGAAAAAUUCGUCGUCAUAUAACACUGCAUGCGCAAGUGACGACAUAAAUGACGUCAUAAACUCAAUGACAGAGAAAGAAAAAGAUAAAAAAGAUAGUCCAAAGUCAGCACAAAUCAAAAGAAAGGGGAAAGUUCUUUUGAAGAAAUUUCUGAUAUUCCUAUUUUCUCACGUAGGUUUGACAUGCCUGGUUAUAGGAUAUUCAAUAUUUGGUGCCAUCAUUUUUCAAAGUUUGGAGCAAGGAAAUGAAAAACAAAGUAGAAUUAUUACUACAAACCUCAGAAAGGAGACAUUAAAUGAUCUUUGGAAUACGACUUAUCUUCUUAAUAUUUUCGAGAAGCCAAAUUGGACGGAAAGGGUGGAAAAUACUUUACGCCUUUUUGAAAAGCAAAUCUACAAAGCUACAAUGCAACUAGGAUGGGAUGGCAGGUCAGACGAGGCCGUGGGUGAGCUGCAAUGGUCCUUUACUGGUUCCUUGUUUUAUUCAGUCUCUGUUAUUACAACGAUAGGUUAUGGCCACAUUACACCUAAAACUACAUGGGGACGAAUUGUCACAAUGAUAUAUGCAUUCUUUGGAAUACCACUAACAUUGUUGUGUCUUGCAAAUAUUGGAUCCCUUCUGGGGAAAGGAUUUCAGAUCUUUUACAAUAGGAUACCAGUUGUUAGAAAUAAACGAGAUUUUGGUAUUGGAACUGCUUUACCACUUCCAGCAACAACUAUCCAGCAUAAAAAGGUCAUAGGAGAAGACGGGACUAUAACCGAAGAAAAAAAUCUAAUAGUUUAUAUUCCAUCUCGUACUCUGCCGCCGCCACAGCACGUGCCAAUAAUUGUUUGCAGUUUACUUGUUAUAACGUAUACACUGAUAGGAACAUUUCUUUUUCAUUUAUGGGAAACCAGUUGGGGCAUACUACAGUCUGCUUACUUUUGUUUCAUCACCUUAUCAACAAUUGGAUUCGGUGAUGUUGUACCAGGACAUAGCUUAGACUCGUGGCAAAGUCAACCAAAACAGUUUAUCGGUGUGAUGUAUCUGCUAUUUGGAUUAACACUAUUAGCUAUGUGUUUUGAUCUUUUGCAAGAACAGGUGAGAACCUUUGCUAAAUGGUUUGGAGAAUGGAUUGGCAUUGUUGAAGUUGAGGACGACGUAGAGUACGAGGAAGAUACAGAACACAAUUCAAAUUAGAUAUGUUUUCCAGCAUAUUAGCACACUGCGUUAUUGAUUUAUUAAAUGCGUCAAGUCUUUUUAUGCAUCCGAUUGCUGGAUGAACAAAUUUGGAUUUAAAAAUCGUAAAGACGAUUUUUAUUUUUAAUUUCUAAACAAGUUGUAACUUGUAAUGAAUUGAUUUAUUUGCGCUACCGUUUCGAUAUUAUCGAUAAUAUCAGUCAUAUCGUUUUAUUACUGUACGUGUGCAACGCGACUAUAUACAUUUGUGUAUUUCGAGAUGUAAGGAAUAACUUUGGGAUGGGUGUUUAGAAAAGGUAAUUUCGGUUGAUUUUACCUUCACUCUACAUGCUUUAUACAAACGUUGCUCAAUUUAGGGUGUGGUUUUGAACAUACCAGAAAAAUUACGGCAUACAUCAAAGUGGUACGUCUACUCACACGUCGAUGAGACGGCAUACAUCAAAGUGGUACGUCAACUCAUACGUCGAUGUGGUACGUCAACUCAUACGUCGAUGUGGUACGUCAACUCAUACGUCGAUGUGGUACGUCAACUCAUACGUCGAUGUGGUACUUCAAUUCAUACGUCGAUGUGGUACGUCAACUCAUACGUCGAUGUGGUACGUCAACUCAUACGUCGAUGCGGUACGUCAACUCAUACGUCGAUGUGGUACAUCAACUCAUACAUCGAUGUGGAACGUCAACUCAUACGUCGAUGUUGUACUUCAACUCAUACGUCGUUGUGGUACGUCAACUCAUACUUCGAUGUGGUACUUCAACUCAUACGUCGAUGUGGUACGUCAACUCAUACGUCGAUGUGGUACGUCAACUCAUACGUCGAUGUGGAACGUCAACUCGUAUGUCGAUGUGGAACGUCAAAUCAUACGUCGAUGUGGUACUUAAACUCAUACGUCGAUGUGGUACUUCAACUCAUACGUGGAUAAGACGGCAUACAUUAAAGUGGUACGUCAACUCAUAUGUCGAUGACAAACAUAUUACACAGAGUUUCAGAAAGAAUAGUAGUUGAAUUUAUGAGUUUUUCGAUUAAACGUUAAGUUCAAAGUUCAAAACAGUUGAAUCAUUUUUACCAGAACUAUUGUAGAGUAAAUAGUAUUAUAGUGCUUUGAUCUGCAUUGUCAU